AUGCAAGAAGCCGCUAAAGCAUUGGGUCACCAACUGUACCAAGAUCAUUACCUUAUCACUAUCCUCACAACAUUUGGCAAUGGGUGUGGCAUCAUUGGUUGGGAGCAGGACUUCACGGGCGAUACAGCAUUGGCACUCCGUAUGAUCAAGACAUACUUCUUUCCUGGACCAUUUUGGUCAACUUUUCUUUCUUUGGUAGGAGCUCAGCAACAGGUCAGCAUUAUGGGAGCACUUGGGGCAGUCAAGCUUCACUCUGGCAAAGAACGAGUUACGAUAUUCCUCGGUAUUGAUGAGUGCAACCGUGCCAUUGAGCAUCAAUCCACAAAACCUCGUUACUUCCAGAACAUGGUCAAUUCCUUGUGCGAUUGCUGUCUUGCCUAUCCCUCCAACAAUAUAUUCCUGGUUCCCUUGUUAUGUGGCACGCUCCAUCUCUCAAUCAAUGAUUGUUUACUCAAGUCUUCCUACCCACCUCAUACCUUGCCCAUUGGAUUGCUAUCAGACGACGAAAUUGUGGAGAUGAUUGACAGUCUCAAAUUGGACAACUGGCGAAACUCAAGACCGUUCCGACUGUUACUCUCUGAUAUGGGUGGUCUUCCCCGUGCAGUCGAGCUACUCCUCAAAGUCAUCAACGAAACCAUCACCGAAGCGCGCAAAAAGAAUUAUGAACAAUCAACAUUGGAGACAAUAGACUACUCUCAAGUGUUCUCGUUGGUUUAG